AUGAAUCUUGAUAGUUUACCAAAAGGAGGAGUUAAUAAGGGAAUGGUUUUACCUUUGAUAUUUUAAUGUCCAUAAGAUUGUAUUUGUCAAUCUAGUUUACCAAAAAUUUGGUAUCAUAAAAAAUGUGGAUAACCUUCAUUUAUUAGUGAAUAUGGUGAUAUAUUCUGUUGUAAUCACUUAGAGGACUGUUCAGGAUAUUUUAUUUAAAAUGCUUACUUUUAAUGCAGGAAGGCAAAAAAAUCUAAUACUUGGUAUCAGCAUAAUUAGUUUUCAAAACUUUUGAUGGCUCUUUCAUAGGCUAUAUCGGUAGCAGAAAAUACUCUUGAGGCAAAUAAUGUCCAUCAUUUUACAAAAAAUUUACUUAAGUCAUUACAUUAGAGAUGGCAUAACUGA